UGCGAUCAAGGUCACUUAGCCGUCUACGGAAGCCGAUCGCUCGAUGGACUGUAUCAGCUCACUGAACCCGCGUUGAACUGGACCGACCAAUUUGGUCACAUCGACGCCAGCCCCGAUCACGUGUGGUGCGGACCGACCGGUCGGUUAAAUAAUUUACGAAUCGGAUCCGAUUUAGAUCAGGCCCCAAUUGUUGGGCAACAUUCGUUGGUUCUGUUGCGGUUAAAUGCGUCUGGAGCGACUCUGCCCGGUUUGAAGGCUAGCUUUCGAGUGAUUUAUCGAUUUGAUCGAGCGUUUGGUGUUCCCGGAGCCCCAGUCACAUCAGACAUGUGUCAAUUUUUGUACAGUCCCUCUUCAACUCCCUUCUCGGUCCUGGCGACUGCAGAAUCCGUGGGCGCACUAUCCACCGGUUCAGCUCAAUCUCGUGCGCAUCCACGGGGCUGGACAAACUCACCAUUCUAUCCCAAUCCGUAUCCGUCCAAUAGUACCUGCCUGUAUCUGUUCCUGCCCAAUCAGACCGGGCCAAGACGGGAGCGUAUACGGCUUUCAUUUGGCACGUUUGAGACACAAUCCGGUCGACAUUCAAGCACCGAUUUGACCGGGCAACUAAUGCCAUUCUCUCUGUGUGAUCAGAAUAUACCGAUAGUUUUUGUUCUGACUCGCCUACGGCGGUGUGACCAAAGGUUGUGCGUCGAGGCUAAAGGACUGCGGGUCGUGGCUAAAGCAUUGCGGGUUUUGGCUAAAGGAAUGCAGGUCAAGGCUAAAGGAUUGCGGGUUUUGGCUAAAGCUUGA